GAAUCAAGACAAGACUGAAGACUUCUUGAACAAUCUCCUUGAGGUGUUUAGUAAGGUCAACUGAAAAAUUGCUUUUCUCUACUAAAUCUAUAAGUCCAAAAUGUCUGUUAACUUGAUUGUAUCCAAAGCUCUUCCCCUUGUACGUGCACGCAGCACUACCCUUCUUAACCAAGUCCGAAAUGCCACUUACGGCCAGGAAGGCAUCGCUCUAUCAUCUCCUCCCACAGUCAGGAUUUCCUUCCCAGAGAAGCUGGCUUUGGGGACCUUGAUGUGCAUGGGCAUCCUGGCUGUCCCCACCUGGGUUCUAUUGAAUAUUAAGCACUACAACGCUCCUAAAGAGGAAUAAGUUUGUUGAAAUAUAAGAUAAAUGUUAGUUAAAAGUAUGUUUGUAUAAAUUAAAUUGUGUCUGUUAAGUAA